AUGGUAAUUACCUUCUACAUCCCACAUAGAUCUAUCUAUCUAUCUAUCUAUCUAUCUAUCUAUCUAUCUAUCUAUUCUUUGUAUCAUUUCAAGGGAAAUAACACCGGCAUUUUCAAAAUGGCUAUCUCCAUGAAAACAUGUGCCCUUCGCCAAAUUGUAAACAUGUUUCGGAUAUCGGCAACCAGUCGUCACCAUCAUCGGCUAUUCUUUCACAGUAGCUUUCUUAAUGCCAAAGAUGCUACAGCAGAAAAACUUGAGGAAAUGCGACGGCAAAGAAUGGCCCGAGGACUUCCUAAAAGAAAACCAAUUGAUGGAGUGAAGCAUGUGAUUGCAGUUGCUUCUGGCAAGGGAGGAGUUGGUAAAUCAACAACAGCUGUUAACUUGGCACUCGGUCUUUCAGCUGUUGAUCCACACAUAUCAGUUGGAAUUUUAGAUGCUGACAUUUUUGGACCUUCUAUCCCUCGUAUGAUGAACUUAAAUACUGAACCAGAACUCACACCAAAUAAUUUGAUGCAACCUCUGACCAACUUUGGAAUAAAAUGCAUGUCUAUUGGUUUUCUGGUUGAUGAAAAAUCACCAAUUGUAUGGCGUGGCCCAAUGGUUAUUUCAGCCAUUGAUAAACUCAUUCGACAGGUAGCAUGGCAAGGUAUUGACUAUUUGAUUGUAGAUUUACCUCCUGGAACUGGUGACAUUCAGCUCUCUCUUUCACAAAAUGUGCCCAUAUCAGGUGCUGUAAUUGUAACAACACCACAAGACAUUGCAUUAUUGGAUGCUAGAAGAGGAGCAGAGAUGUUCUCCAAAGUGAAUGUACCCAUCUUGGGAAUUGUGCAAAAUAUGAGUGUCCAUAUUUGUUCCAAAUGUGGACAUGCUGAACAUAUUUUUGGCAAGAAUGGAGCUGAGAAAAUUGCCCAAGAGAUGAAGUUAGACAUCUUAGGAAAUGUUCCUCUUCAUAUCAGCAUUUGUGAAAAUAGUGACAAUGGAUCUCCCAUUGCUAUUUCUCAACCUAAUAGCCCCCAGGCUGCUGAAAUCAUACUAAAAAAGUAUAAUCAGUAUAGAAAUUGCCAAGAUGGGGAGCAGUUGGCUCCAGAAAACCCAAAUCUCCAGCGGCGAAGGAGUGCACGGCUACGUCUCUUGGCCAAAUCACGCAGUAACUUAGAGCUGAGGUUGUCGCAGCCUGAUGAUUUUCUUGGCGAAUUAUCGUUGGAAAUCAUCUGCCGGGUCCUCGAUUAUUUGCCACUCCGGGAUGUCCUCAAGAUGGAGAGCUUGAGUAAGAAAAUCAAGCAAGCUGUUGAUCUUCAUCUCCGCCUCCGACGAGUAAUUGAUUUCACCGAGGGCAAAAUCUAUGGUUGGAUGCCCGACAAGAUCCAUGACUCGACUUUGGCUCAUUUGAUGAGUCGCUGCUCCGAACUGGAAUACAUCUAUGGUUUCCACCCCCAUUACAUUGGCCAACGCCGACAGAGAGGGGUCAAUAUUCUCAGCAUUCCGGGGGUUAUCCAUGCCCUCACUUCUGCCCCCAAACUGAAAGGCAUUGAAAUCUCGGAUAUUUUCUUGCUGGAGGCAAUCCUCAAGUAUCUUCCCAAACUAGAGAUACUCGGAACCUUCAAAAAUCGAGAAUGCUUCUUUCCCAUUUUCUCCAAUAACAAAUUAUCACUCCUUUCUAAUCCUCUGAUAACGUCUCUCCAUCUGACGGGUGUGGUCAUCCCAGAACUUCCACGAAUGCAGACACUGAAGCACUUAUACCUGCGAUUUGUGCGUCUUACGUUACAACAGCCAUUCAGGGAUUUUGCAGCUCCAUCUUUGCGUACAUUCGUCAUGGCCCACUGUGCUGGACCAAUUAAUCCUCUUAGACAUGUUCCUUUAAUUACCUCUCUAGCAAUGGCAAAAUCUCUACAGCGCCUGGAUUUACUUAGAGUACCAUUCCUUGGUGGUCUCAUUCAACAUAUUGUUGAUGACAGUUGGAGAGUCCAAGGCUUCCGUAAUCUGCAGGCAAUUACCUUUGGUGCAUGCAAGCAUGCUCUUGAAGUAGAUCUGGGUUUCCUCAUUAUCACCUGUGCUGCAAAAUUAACUGAACUUUGUGUCCAACCAUCUCUAACCAAAGAUAAUCUGUUUGCUGCUCUGACAAUGGCUGAAGUUACUUUUCCCAAUUUUAAAUCCUUAACACUUGGAUUUGUGGAUUCCUUUCCUGAGCCUGGGAAAUGGACUGCUGAAGAACUCAUAACUGAAGGUUUGGUUGAGGUACAAGAAAAUCCAGCCAUGAUUACAGAUAUCGGUAUGAAAGCAGCUGGUCGCUGUUUUCCAACUGUCAGUCAUGUGGAAAUUUACAAUUGCCCCCACCUUCACUAUCCUUGCUCUUGGUUCUAUCCAGAUGCAAACAGCUGGUCUAAUCUUCGAGAUCUGCAUUUAAGGAGAUGCCAUGCUAUCCGGUUAGAAGAUCUGAAUAGAUUCAUCCCAAUGUUACCAUCUCUGGUGUCUCUCCACCUGGAGUUUAUGCUGAGGGAACCUCCUAAAGGCUGUGCUAGAGUUGGUCUUAGUGCUGGGACUGGUCUUGGGGUUUCUUCGGCCCUUGUACAGAAUAAUGGUGCAGAUGCUCACAAUCAGCCAAAUGCUGCAGCAGCUGCAAAUAACCAUGGGGCAGCUCCUCCUCCUGCACAACCAGCUGCUGCCCCUCCACCACCACCCCCGUAUCCUCCUCCACCACAACCACCACAACCACCUCCUCCUGCCGCAGGACCUGGACCUCAACACCACAACCAACCUGCACAGGCACCACAACCACAACCACCACUGCCGCCGCCACUGCCACCACCGCCUCCACCACCACCACCACCAGAUCAACUACCGCCGCCAUCUCCUCCUCCGCCUCCUCCUCCUUCGCCACCACCGCCGCAACCACCACCUCCAGUGAAUCCUCUUGCUGAAGAGAAUGAUGGGGGUCCAUCAGCUAGGGCCAUUGCUGUAACAGCAAACCUUUCAGGUUAUCACCAAGUGUCUGCUGCUGAUCAAUGUCCAGAAAAUGUCAGACACAUGGCUGAUACCUUGAAAUCUCCAGACAGUGACAAUGGGCUGGGAAGUGUAGAUUCUUCUGAAGAGGAGGAGGAAGAUGAAGAAAUGGACCUUCUACCUGCUCAAUUAAGGGAUUGUGGCUUAAAUCAAGAAGAGUCUGUACAGCCAGGCCCAUCUGGGAUCCACAGUCAUUGUCCCAAUCAUUCUUGUGUUUCAACCUCAUCAUUGUCUUCUAGUCAAUUAAGUGCAGAUGCCAAUAGGGAUGAACAAGGAGGUGCACUAAACACAGGCAAAGUUGAUAUUUAUAAAAAGAGCCCAGCAAAGUCAAAAACAAUGUCAACUGCUGCAAAACGUCAUCCACUCACCACUGCUGGCAGUGGUGCUCUCUCUGUCCAACCAUCAACAAGUGGCCUAAAAAAAUGUUCCCAGCAUUCUGUGAAUAUUGUUCCUUCUACGGCAGCCAGUGAUAGUUCAACAGCUGCUUCCCCUCAGGAUGACCACCAGGACCUUGCUGAAGAUGGGAACCAAGACAAACAGGGCCAAGAUAGCAAGUAUAAUAAAAAUCUUGCUAACAUAGCACGCAGGAGACAAAUGAGCCAUUUGGGCCAUAGUACAGCUGCUGCAUCAUUAUCUACAUCAUCAGAAUCAAAUCAGAGUCUUUCCAGGAACUCAGGGAAUAAUAACAAUAAUACUAAUAAAACUAAUAAAGAUUCUGCUUCUUCUCAUUUUAAUUGUUCUUCUGAUGAUAACCAUACCUGUCCCUCCUUUGCAAAGGGUAAUACAUCUUCUCAGAGCAGGUGUCCAUCUGAACCAUUGCCUUGUACAUCAACAGAAAAACCUCUCCCUACCUGUGAUACACAUUCUGAUGACCCUGGAGUUGAUUUAGAGUGUCUCUCUAACGGAGCUUCUUAUAGCAGCAUUAAUGGAACAAGUAAUAUGAACAUACAUAACGAAAACUCCUCUUCAGACUUUUCUCCCUCCAGUAAUAACCCUGUUGUUGGAGAUUGUACAAAUGAUGCGGGUGAUGGCUCCUUGUUGCCGCCAUCAUCAUCAUCAUCAUCCAAAGGGAAGUGCCUUCGAAGUGGCUGGAGAAAGAGUGUCAAAUCUGUUCCGAAAUCUAAGAAAAUCUGUGAUUCAUCCUCGUCGUCGUCAAGUUCAUAUGUGCCCCCUACAUUUUCCUCAUCCAACUCUGUUUCCUCAGCAGAAACCAGCAAUGGUGAGCCUACCAAAGUGAACCAAUCGUGCCAGGCAGUUAGUGAGGAGAUUCGAGAAACAACAAGGAAAGCCAAAGAAAAUGAAGAAGCUGGCAAAGCUUCAGAAGGAAGCUCGAACAUUAUGAAUGGAAAUAGUGAGACGGGCUCAAGGCCAACAUCUACUGGUCGAGGUGGCAGUGGUGUAACAACUGGUAUGGCAGGAGGUGCAUCAACAUCUUCUGUUGACUCAACUUCAGUAGUGUCACCAGCCAGUUUAACUGGCUGUAGGUCUGCAGCAACAACUAGAUCUGGCCCCAGAUACAACAAUUCUCGAAAAGCAGUGAAACGAAAAAUGAAUACCUGUGAUCAAGCAACUAGCACAAGUGAUCCAGUUCAUGAAGAGGACCAUGUUCAGGUGCUUGGGGUCCAAUCAAAGACACUUACCACUCUGACAUUACACAUGGUUGGCAUUACUGAUCUCUAUCUUUCAGACUGUCCGAGUCUGACAACUAUCUCUUGUAGUGCAUGUCGUGUGUUGAAGAAAAUCUCUAUUGGAGAAUGUCCAAAGCUGUCCCGGAUAUCAUUUGCCCAAUGUAAAAAGUUAUUAGAAGACCAAGUAGUAAAGGAAUUGUCUUUGUUAUCCUCUGAUGUGUCUCGAGUUCUCUUCUUACGACCAAUGCACCAGAUGCAGAUCCCUGUACAGUCCUUAUUUAGUGAUGACAGUCACUCAAGUUACCAUUGUCUUGUGAAGGAUCAUUGCAAACAACCAUCCAUGAUGGUAUUAAACAGAAAGAGAGCAGAAGUUCUUGUUGACUUACUUCCAAAUAUAAACAAGACUCUGAGAGAAAUCUUAAAAUGCCAAGAACAAAAUGAUGGUGACUCCCAGGAUCGAUGCCAGAAAACAAUCCACCAUUUUGAAGAAUUAAAUGAAGAUGGCAGUUUGCUGGAAGUGAAGACUGAUAUUCCAUGGUUGCAGUUCUUCUUGCAAAAUUAUUCUGAACAAGGUGAAAAGGAGUUUCUGCCUAGCACACCUAUGUGUGAAGAAUUUGCAAACAUCCAACUUGAAGCAAUGGCAGAAGAUAUUGUCAAAGAUGGUAUCCAGGGUGAUUUUUUGGCAGACAGUGUGUUUCUUGUAUAUAUCAAUAUGUGUGAUAUUUCUGGUAUGCCAACGCCAGAUUUGUACGUAUGA